AUGUACAGAUGGCAAGCAGGCAACGCUCUCAGGGCAAUGCAACAUGAUCUCCCCCUAGUUCAGCGCAGCAUUGCAGCAUCAUCAUCAGCAUCGUCACGAGAAUACUCAUCCUCAAUGCAACUGCGACGAGAUGAAGGUCAGCGACCAUCUACCCCACAGACCUUCCCCCCUUCACCUACAAGCAGUACUAAUUCUUCUUCCUCUCCCCGAACAGACAUAGACAAAGCAAACAACCAGCCAACCAACCGCUCGCCCUCCCAACCCCAACAAUCCGAUACCUCCAUGGGCCUCGGCUCCAGCAGCGUCGUGCACAACCAACAACAAAACCUACCCAAGUUCAUCACCGCGGAUGCCGUCGACACCCCAGUCCGAAUAACCCGGCAAUACCGCGACUUCGCUCCCCCUAGCUCAUCAGGUCCGUCCCCCGCCGCAACGGCAGCUUGGACGCCCGCGCCCUCGGCACCUCUCAACCGCAGGGUCCUCGGUUCGAACUCAGUCCCGCCGUGCGCGCGCGGCGGUGGGGCUGGGGGGGCGGGGCGGAUGCUACGAGCCACGGGGGGGAGAGGCCGCGGUGGAAGAGACAGAACACGGCGCCGACGUGACAACAACGCAGACAUGGAGGAGGGUGGGGACAGCGAGCACCUGAAGGAUGCAGCCGCCAAGAUCGAGGCUCACCUGGGCCCGCCUCCCCGCGAGUGGGUGGAUCAUGUUCCCGAGGAGUUGAGUCUGGAGGAUCUCCGGGUCGACUGGCCGAGUAUCCCCACGGGCAGAACCGGCAUGAUCAUGGGCGUGGAGGAGAAGCUGCGUUGGGCGGCGAGGAGGAUCCCACAUGACUACGAGACGCCGGAGGACUUGGCGGAGAGGUUGCACCGCGGACAGGAGUUGGUUCACUUUGAGUCGGCGCAGGAGAAGGAGCAGGUUCUGCAGAUCGCGCGCGGGCUGGCCGAGAGGACGGCGGAUCGCAUCACAGAACGGACGGGCAAGGAGGUCACACCGAAGGAGAGCUCGUUUGAGGGCAUCAGGGAGAAGGAUCGCGUGGUGCUGGCUCGGGAGUUUGUUCGCGGCGAGUAUCCUCCUCUUGAGGCGGGGUGGAAGGAUAUGCAGACGCAGACGCAGAAAGGGAAGGAGGGAGGAAGAAAGAGGCCUGCGUUCCUGGGCGACGUGAUGAGGAUCUUGGGCAACAAUGAGACAUAUCACGCCAAGGAGCAGGAGCAGCUGAUGUCCACCAUUCAGGGAUUGUUGGCGACGACGCCGCAGCGGCGUGUUAGGGCUCAGGCUCAGGCUGAGGAAGGGGCUUGA